CACUAGUGUGUAUAUUUAUUAAAACGGUGUCCCAAAAUGGAACGCUUUAUUGACAUUAUUUAUUUAUUAUAUUUUGCUAGUCAUAUUCCAGUUGCUAUGUUCAUAGACUCGCAAGCAGUUCUACCAAGGUGGAUUUACCCUAAACCGGCAGUUGAUCUAGUUGACUGGUACAUGGUGGAGUUUGGUGAUUCAAUGAUGAAAGGGACACAAGCUUGGUUCCAAUCAUUUAUAGUCUGUGAAAUACUGUUACAGUUUCCUUUCUUCUUUGUUGCACUUUAUGCUUUCUGGAAAGGUGUAUCGAAGAACCGCUGGAUAAGAAUUCCAUUAAUUGUGUAUUCAACUCAUGUAACAACCGUUCUGAUAUGUAUUUAUCAUCAUCUCUUCUUGCAUGACUUCUCAAAAGAUGAUUUACCAGGACCAAAGACCACGAGGGAUCGUGUAAUACUAGGACUGAUAUACUUUCCAUACUUUAUAGUGCCAGUGAUGCUACUGAUAGAUGCCCUGUUCAGUUCAGUCUAUAGGACAGAGCCGACACAAACAAGAACUGUUAAACCACACAGCAAGAAAACCCGAUGAAUUUUUUUUACCUGUGAUACAGUUCACCACAGCACACUUCUGUACUUGCAGUUAAAGGAAUUUUGAACUGAAAUACUCGAACAUUGUUGACGAAUAUAGUAUUGUAAAGUUUCAACACGUUUUUAAAUAAGCUUUAGAUUUGUGACGUGCACUGCUAAAAUGUGUGAAAAUUGCAAUGCUCAGAGUUUUAUAACUAAGACACAUACUGAAAUUAUCGUAAAAAUACAAGUAGAAAAACACA